UACCAAUUCCCAUCGUCAUCUGGGAGUCCAUCCCCUCCCCCCAUCAUACCAUCGUCGCCCGAUCUGGCGCAUCAAAACCAACCCGGGCCCUCCAACCCCUACCUCGCCCUUCCGCCGCCUGAAGACGAGUUCCCCGACCUUGGCGAGACAUCACCGCAUCACCCUCGCCGCCAACCCCCCUACUUCGAUGGCGACAAGUCCAAGUACCUGGGCUUUGUGGAUGCGUGCACCACUUACAUCGGUGCCUAUCGGUCAGAGUUCUCGCUGGACGAGACGAAAAUCCUCUUCGUCCUGUCCUACCUCCGCAAUGAGAGCGGCACAAGCUGCGCCGCCUCAAGAUGGGCGAUGAACUGGAAGCAGCACAAUUUCGAGGGCUUCCAAGGACUAAAGGCGGGAGUCACCGCGACAAGCUUCUUGGAGGAGCUUCAGAGGGCCUUUGGGGAUUCUAACGCAGAGCAAGUCGCUGCCGCCCGACUCAUGGCCCUUCGCCAGGGCAGACGGUCCUUUGCGGACUACAUCUCCGACUUCGAAAUGCUGGCUGCAGACGCGGGGUACAACGUGGUCACCUCCACCGACAGCAAGGGCGAGUACAAGAAGGGGGAACAGGACAAUAUCCUCAUCGAGUUCCUGGAGCGCGGACUCAGCAGCGAAAUUGCAAGCCGCCUCUACAACACUGGCGUCCCCCUGCCCAAGGCAUAUGGUGCCUUCAAGAAUUGGUGUGUCAACAUCGAGGCGAACGCUCUACGCGAUCAGCUGCGCAAAGCAUCACAUGCGCAAUCCGCACCACGACCGCCUCCCCAAUUCCGCCCGCAGGUAGCCCCAAUGACACCUGCACCCGCCCCGGCCCGACCCGCUGCCAACGAACCAGUUCCGAUGGAAAUUGAUCGCACCCACGCCCGCGGCCGCAAUAUCAUCUGCUACAACUGUCAGCAGCCUGGGCACAUUGCGCGGAACUGUCCGGAGCCAAGGAAGAAGCGCACAUUCUUCAAUCGGGCCAUGAUGCUGGAAGAAAUCGAGAACGGGGACAAGGACAACGAGUUCCUCAAGGAGAUUGCUGAGAAGCUGCGCGAGAAGGGUUUUUGA